UUGUUUUCAAACUUUCAUCUUGUCUUCCAUUUCCAAAUUUUGAUCAUAAUGUCCCGCCAACGCGAAACCAACCCUUAUUUUCUUCCACCACAUGUUCCUCCACUUGAACAACAUGAACCACAACAUCCUCCUUUCUCUUCUCAAUUUCCACCUUCUAAUGCAAAAAAUCAAACACCACAUGAACCACAUUCUCCUGGUGAUUCUUAUUUUCCAAGUCCAACAAUGCCAGUGUCAACAAGACAUUCCCAGCCACAGCUGCAUUCAGGACCACAACCACAUACUGGUCAUAACUCUCACUUACCAACACCAGUACCACCACCACGACAUCAGCAGCCACAUUCAGGAUCUCGACCACAUAGCCAACAUCAUCGUCACUCUUCAGGUCUAGUGCGAGUACCCACUAGGCGUAAAACUAGGCCAUUUGCAUGGCUAGUUGCAGGUUUUUGUGCACUUUUCUGGGUCAUGGUAAUAGUAGCUGGCCUAGCAAUCCUCAUCAUAUAUCUUGUAUUUCGCCCAAGAAAUCCAAAGUUUGACAUAACUAGUGCCACACUCAAUGCAGCCUAUCUUGACAUGGGAUACCUCCUUAAUGCUGACCUUACUAUACUAGCGAACUUCACAAAUCCAAACAAGAAAGGGAGGGUGGAUUUCCAUUACGCCAUUCUUGAUCUUUAUCAUGGUGGACACCUAUUGGCUUCCAGUUACAUGGACCCUUUCUCGACAAUGAGCCAUGAGUCGAGGUUUCAAGAUGUACACUUGGUGAGCAGCCAAGUGAGACUUUCUUUGGAACAAAGUCAACAACUGAAGAAAGAAGUGGAUAAUGGAAGAGUGAAGUUCGAAGUGAAGGGAUUGUUUAGAGCAAGGUCUAACUUAGGGAGUUUCCUUCAAUACUCCUACUGGUUGUAUGCCCAGUGCACUAUUGUGGUUACCAGCCCUCCAACUGGUGUCUUGAUUGGCAGAAAGUGCACAACGAAGCGCUAACAGUCAACAGAGCUUAUUAUUUUGACUUCAAGAAAUGGCUUCAGUUACCUGUGCUGGCUGCUCUUUCUCUCAUG